UCAGCACUAACCUCCGGGCCUGCCCCGUCUCUGGUCUCCCCCACAGCUGCCAUCGCACCCAAGGACUACGUGUUCUAUGGCUUCCUGAAGCCCUGGCUGGGGGACGGUUUGCUGCUGAGUAAUGGUGCGAAAUGGGUGCGGCACCGGCGCAUGCUGACACCAGCCUUCCACUUCGACAUCCUGAAGCCCUACAUGAAGAUCUUCAACCAGAGCACUGACAUCAUGCAUGUCAAGUGGCGCCGGCUGGUGGCGUCAGGCUCCACCUCCCUGGACAUGUUUGGACAGGUCAGCCUCAUGACCCUGGACAGUCUGCAGAAAUGCGUCUUCAGCUACAACAGCAACUGCCAGGAGUGAGUGACACGGGGGCAGCUCCCCCAGCAGGGGGGCAGUUCCCCCAGCUGACCCGAGGGUGGGAGCCCCCUCAUGGGGAGAGGUCAGAGUGGGGAGAAUGGGCUGCAGGAUCCCUCCCUUCCUGGCCUGGCCCCAGUGAGCCCAUCCGGAUUCACGGAAUGGGUCCCUGAACUGGAGAUCCCAGGGUGGGGAGGGUGUUACUGCAGGCCUGGGCAGGGACUCUCCAGUGGGGUGUCUGGAGGUGUUGCGGGGCGGGGGGGUCAGCAUGGCUGUGCUGUGCUUCUCUUGGGGGAUGAUCCUGCUGCCGCAUGCAUCUCGCUGCCAGGAAGCUCCUCACCUCAGUCCCGUCCCCCCAGAACCCUCCUGCCCCCAGUUUAUACAUGUACUGCAGGGCCCUCGUCUGCAGCUUGUAUCUGUUUUACUGCACUGGUGCACGUUGACUCCCUGUCAUGGGACACUGCCAGCUGGCUGCGGUUCGUGCUGGUGCAGGCUGGCCCCGGGCUGGCU